AUGGACAAGUACAGUAGGUUAACAGAUAAGGAACUGAUGGCCCGCUUGAAGAAAUACGCCAUCCCACACGGACCUAUUGUUGGAACAACCCGGAAGCUCUAUGAAAAGAAAAUCUACGAAUACGAGACGGAGCGGACGAAGCACCCUGGGAGAUCAGAGGCCUACAUAGAGCCGAUGAGCAGCUACAGCUACACGCGAGAGACCUUUGUGAGUCCCCGGAGCAAGGAAGACUUCAACUAUGGGAGAGAAGCUCUUGGCUCCACAAAGAAAUCCUUAAUGGAAAGCUACAACUCUGCGAGAAAUGAGGAAUAUACUGACUAUGGAGAUGAAGAUUCUAGCCCCACAAAGUCCUACCUGAGUUAUAAGUACAAUUUCCCCCACCACGAAGGACGUUCUACCUACAUAAGGGAAGAGUGGGAUGCCAACCCUUCUGAGGGCUCCACCUCUUCCUACCGUUACGCAUCACCGCUGGGCAGUGGGUCACAUCUAGGGAGAGUGAGUGCCCGCAAGCCGAUCGCGGAGCCGUAUCUCUACAGUUCCGGCUUCAAGGAAGUCCCACCCAAGAGGGACAGCAGCGCCUACCAGACCAUCUUCCAUCGGAAAUCGGCCGGCCCAUCCUCGCUGGGGGUGGAGCCCCACCGUGCCAUCCGUCCUGAGCGCCAGGCUCCAUCUGCGCAAAAGGAUCCCGGCGGCGACCGGGGAGCCAAGCGUUACCUCCCCCUCUGGCUCCUGCUCUUUGUGCUGUUGGCCGCCUUCUUGGCCUUCACCUAUUUCUUCCUGCGAGCUGACACUAAUGAUAACCCCUUCAGGAAGCAUGCUCUGCACUAA